UAUUACACUUGACUUGAGUAAAACUAGAAAAGGUCAAUUUUCUGAAGAAAAUGUGUGUGCUCUAUAGUCUACAAUAGUGAAUAGGAGCGAACACGAAUCUCACACAUUCUCCAUCCAUGAGUGUUCUGGUCUCCCUGCAUGGGCGUAUAGUAGAGACAUCUACUCCAGAGGUACUUGCUUAGGUCACAACAACUGAUGAGCUGUUUGGGUAAUAUGGCAGAACUCUCAUGUCCUGUGGCUGGAUUCCUCAAUACAAGCUCUGAAAAACAUUGUCACAUUGGCUGCCACCCAGAGCCAUAGAGACCUACAGAAAUGUCAUGGGGGAAAGCAAAGAUAAACUCUGUGGGAAAAGUGUUGCUUCUGUUCUACUCAGGCUGUUGCCAUAGUAACAGUGGGGCUCGUCAACAAAAGGCGAUGUUUUGUUUUGGUAAAGAUAUUAACGGUAGCUAGCAAGCAGGCUAUCAAAGGAAUAUUAGCUAGCUGAUGAGAUCAAAUGGCUGAUAAACGUGGUUUAGAGAAACUGGACUUUGGUGCAUUAAGCAUCGAGCAACAACAGCAACUCCGACAAUUUAAGAUCACUACAAGAAUCAACAAUGAAAAAUAUUUGAGAGAGCAUCCAGAGACGGAGGCCUUAAUAAGCGACUUUUUAAGAGAUGUAUUUCUCAAAAGACCCACAGACAUUCGAGAGUAUGCAGCAGAUUACUUCACCGACCCAAACCUUGGUUUGAUCAUUGGCUCCAAACUGCAGGGCGAUCCUGCCGACACAGGCACAGACUGAAUCCUUACCGGAUUGUUUGGCAGUUCAACUGUUAUUGAAGUGUAAAGCUGUAACAGGCCUCUUUCUCUGUGUUGUGUACAUCCUCUGUAUUGACUAGUUAUUUGUUGCAAAGUAAUGUGAUACAAAUAUAAAACAGGAUAUAAAGUGGGUAUGUACUGGCACCCAGGCAGAUGUUCUUACUGAGCAUCAUUACAACAGGUUAGUUACAGGGCUACAGAAGGAUGUUUUAUACCGCUGGUUGAGAGGAAAAUAUUUAUAGGCCUAUAGGGUGGAGUGGACAGCCUCCUUACAGGAGUUCUCAGGGUAAAGUCUAAACGGGAUCAUUGGGACAUCCCAACUCUGACAUUACCCUAUUGGAAGUUUAAAUAUUAAACGGUUAAGGUUACAAGGAUUCUCGAUAGCACUAACCGCUUUCUCAAGCCUCAGAGUUCCCCCUUCUGGUCUCCCGUUUCCGUUAACUCCCCAACUCAACAAAAAACAUUUAAGCAAGAUGAGAAAAUGUGACAGCAGCAAUACUGACCACACAGUUUAAAUGUUUAAUGACUUUAAAAUCAUCAAGUAACCAGCGCAUCAGGCUUUGCUGUAAAAACAUACAUAGCGCAGUAAAAACAGGUCAAAUCCAUCUCACAAAGAUGACAAAAUCAUUUAAAAUUCUGUUUGAUUCACAUUUUAAAAUCUGACACGCUACAAAAAUAGGCACAUCUGGUUUAACAAUUAAGUGAUUGUAUAGAGAAGACCCUGAAAUUGUAUAAAAACCUAGACCCUGAUAAUAUUGGACAUUUCAACAGCAGGCCUACGUAAUACAUUCUGUAACCAACAUACUGUGGUAGAGGAUGUGAAUAGAGCUUUUAAAUCCUGAGCAAACAGGCACAAAUCAUCAAUGUUUAGACACGUCAAUGUUAAAAGGUAACAGAUUUCCUUUUUAUAUAUACAAGUUUGUCAGUAACUUACAUUGUUUGAUAUUUGUUCAGGCAAUUGAUUGCCCCUCUCUUAUGGCUUGUAUUGGGCUCCAGGAAUCCAGAAUUGUAUCUUAGACACAGAUCUAGGAUCAGAUUACAUUAUGUAAAAUCUUAAACAUAAUCCUUAGGGAGUAAAACACACAACUGAUCUUCUACCAGUGUCUAUAGGCAACAUCAUCCUACUGCCUUGAUCUCAGAGUAGUGUACUACUACCAGCCUCCUGACCCUAGAGCCCAUCUACAUUACACAGUAUGAUGGAGCUAUCAAUACACACUGAUCUGAUCCAAGGUCAGUAUUGCGUUAUCCCCUAAUGGUAAUGGUUAGGAUUCAAAGAGGGUAAGCUGGCCCUGGAUCUGUGCCUAUUAAACAAUCUCACACACAUACUGUACUUUAACCACAACAUGCAAAGGAGUUUCAACCAACCGCGAUACAAGUUAGUGUUGUUUUAUGUUGUGUCUGACUUGCACAGCAUUUUAACAUUAAAGCGGAUCCCCCUUUAAAAAACAUGAUUCCCGUUAUUAGAACCCAAUACACAACAGUAGGCCUACGUAGUACAUUCUGUAACCAACAUUCUGUGGUAGAGCAUGCUCACUUUAGUACACAAUGUAAAAUUCUAGAUUGGAGAGACUGAUUUGAACGGCAAUGACUACAACCAUCACACACUGCAGCCAUCCCACAGACACACACAUCCAGUGUCCAAUGUUUUUCACGUACAAACAAGUUUAGUCCCAUACACACUUCCAAUGUCUCCGGUCUUCACACAAACAUGGCCUGGGACACAAAGCUGUCUCCACGAGAUGUUCCAGUGGCAGGGGGGUGGUCCUCCUCUUUGUCAUGGUAAUCAUUGGCCUUGUACUGGUUGGGGGCGUACAGGGGCGGGACUUCGUUCACCCUGGGUUCAUCCCAGCCAGGGGGGGCGCCAGCGUAGCGCAACUCCUCCGCAUCACGAUUGUAUUCCUCAUCACUGUACGCGUCCAAGUCCUGGUGGGAAAGAUAACCAUAUAAAAUCAUCUUAAUAAUCAAGUAAAAAUAAGGAGAACCAAUGCAGUCUUCAUAGUAUUCUAGUGACCCUUGCAUUAGCGAACAAACUGACAGAGCAACACCCUUUGAGAGUCUUGAUCCCAGGUCUUCUAGCCAAUGGACAAACUUACUAACCACUGCUCCAAUAGGGUUAAAUCACAGGGCUUACCAAGGCAAUGGUUUCUACAGUAUUAAAAACACAUGUUUCCAUCUAUAGCAUGUUCAGUAUAUCAGCUUCUAUCCACAUAGCAGCCCUCCAUACCCUUCAGUUUCCUACACGUUCUCAUGUUUGUGUACUGGUAAAUAGGGCAAUCAUGUUGAGUAACUGAUGAAUAAAUGAUCAUAAGUAGAUGGUAAA